AUGCGCUUGCUUCGACCAAUUGCCUUUGCAGCCUUCGCCGCUCUUACAGGCUCAGCAGUUGCGGCUAACUGCGAGCCUCGCAACCCCGACGGAGUUGCUGCCGGCGAUGAGCUAAUCGCAUGGAUUAAGAACUCUGUCCAUGAGUUUAUUCCCAUCGAGGAUGACUGGUCAGAGGGAUUUGACAGAGCAUUCUCUACCAGCCUAGUCGCCACCUUCAACGCAACAAAACACAGCUUCGAUACUCUCAGGGGAGCAUUUGGAGCCUUUCACCCCAGAAUCGUGGAGCGGUACGCUGGCACUUUUACCCAUGGCUGUUUCUCUGCUAUUGGGGUUCCCCAUGCGACCAACCGUGGCGGCAAUGUGUAUCUCACCGGCUGGGAGGGUGGCUAUAUUGGUGGCGAAGUAAAUAACGUCUACAAUGCCUCGCAAGGCUCCUUUGGGGUGAUCGAGGAACAGGAAGACUGCAGUCUCAAGAUCGUAGAGUGGCGCGAAAGCUCCAACUUGGCCACUACAGGUUGA